AUGCAUCGCAAGGCGGAGAGCGGUGGUGCAUCGGAUGCGAAAGCACGGCUUCUAGAGGAUAUUGAAGAUCAGGAUGGCGAGGCAAGUUCUGAUGGCUCCACAAUUGUUGUGCGUUCUGUUACACCAUUUGCGCAACGUCAAAGACCCAUUCUUGAUCGUGCAGCAAAAUUAACAUUGACAAAUGUCCUUGAGGAGGAGGAGGAUGAGGAAGAACUGGAAGAUGCGCAGUUAUCCGACUAA